UGUCCGGAUCGUGUUGAAGCUUGAUACGGACCACUGUUGUCAUUGGAAGAAGUGCUGUUUUUGACCGGCCCCUCCUCCUCGUCGUCCUCCUCCCUGGCCGGGCCCCCCGGUCUCUAGAGCCGCCUCGCACACUUCAGUCCGGCCCGGGAGAGGAAUGCGUGGGGAUGCCGAGCGUCGCCGACUGUAGGACACCUACGAAACAUCGACUAUAGCACCGUAAUGGACAGCCAUGAUCCGUAUGUCCAUUUAAACUCUUCUGGGCCAAUGAGCACGGCCCAUUCUCACCCCCACGCCCAGCCGAUGGGCGGCAUGGUGGGCCACCCCUCGGUCAUCAGCAACUCCAGGCACUUGCCAUCGCCCAUGUCCACCAUGGGCUCGCCUAUGAACGGCCUGGCCUCCCCUUACUCCGUCAUCACCUCGUCUCUGGGUUCGCCCGCCGUAUCGCUGCCAUCCACGCCCAACUUGAACUUCGGACCGCUCGGAAGUCCGCAGAUGAACUCUAUGAACAGUGUUAGCAGCUCUGAGGACAUCAAGCCUCCGCCGGGCCUGCAGAACCUGGGGAGCAUCAACUACCAGUGCCCGAGCCCGGGAGGGAUGUCAAAGCACAUCUGCGCCAUCUGUGGAGACCGCUCCUCAGGGAAACACUAUGGCGUGUACAGCUGUGAGGGAUGCAAAGGCUUCUUCAAGAGGACCGUGCGCAAAGAUCUCACCUAUACUUGUCGAGACAGCAAAGAGUGUCUGAUCGACAAGCGCCAGCGCAACCGCUGCCAGUACUGUCGCUACCAGAAGUGCCUGGCCAUGGGCAUGAAGAGAGAAGCAGUACAGGAAGAGAGGCAGCGUGGGAAAGAGCGUGGGGAGAACGAGGUGGAGUCGACCAGCAGUUUCAAUGAGGAGAUGCCCGUGGACAAGAUCCUGGACGCCGAGCUGGCGGUGGAGCCCAAAACGGAGACGUGCCCCGACGGCAGCCCCGGCAACUCAACCAACGACCCCGUCACCAACAUCUGCCAGGCAGCAGACAAGCAGCUCUUCACUUUAGUGGAGUGGGCCAAGAGGAUCCCCCACUUUUCAGAGCUCCCCCUUGAUGACCAGGUCAUCCUAUUACGAGCAGGUUGGAACGAGCUGCUCAUUGCGUCCUUCUCUCAUCGCUCGGUGACGGUGAAAGACGGAAUCCUGCUGGCCACGGGCCUCCACGUGCACAGGAGCAGCGCACACAGCGCUGGAGUGGGCUCCAUCUUUGACAGAGUCCUGACAGAGCUCGUCUCCAAAAUGAAGGAUAUGCAGAUGGAUAAAACCGAGCUGGGCUGCUUGCGAGCCAUUGUCCUCUUUAACCCAGAUGCGAAAGGCCUGUCCAACCCAACGGAGGUGGAGGCACUGAGAGAAAAGGUCUAUGCAUCACUGGAGUCCUACACCAAACACAAAUACCCGGACCAGCCGGGCAGGUUCGCCAAGCUGUUGCUCCGCCUGCCAGCGUUGCGCUCCAUCGGCCUCAAGUGCUUGGAGCACCUUUUCUUUUUCAAGCUCAUCGGGGACACGCCCAUCGACACGUUUCUCAUGGAGAUGCUGGAGGCGCCGCAUCAGAUCACAUGACCCCUGUCAAAUACCCCCUCUUGUAAAUAGCCCUUGUCAGCAACGUGGCGAUGGUUUGGGAGGAGAAAAGGACACUGACAUUGUAAAGUUGAAUAUUUUAUAACAAUUUAAAACAACAACAACAUUGUAAUUAAAUCCGAAACGCUAUUUCAAGGCUGCAGUGAGGACUGACUACAAGCGUCACAGUGAAUUUCUUUGUAAAUAGAACAUUGCCGGUGUCUGUUUUGAAAGCAAACGCUGUGCAUUUGAGAAGCAAUCAGAUUUUAUUCAUAGAGUAAUUGUAUAAAACAAAAUUUCUUA